GGAAAUCUGGAAUGGCUUCGUUCAAAGGAAAGGAAGGAAGCUCUUGUGAAGAAACAACAGCCUUGCAAGAGACAAAAACCCUGGUAAAUAAUGGCCAGAACCAUGCUAAAGCUCCUGUAAAAAUGGAUGGGGCUAAAAGCUCCAAAUACGAGAGUUUAUGCAAGAUAAUUGCAGUCAUCAUUGUUGUUGUGGCUUUCGUAUCGCAUUUGCUACGUGGCGCACACGAGGGUAGGUUUUCUCGAGUUUUCUAUUUCAUGUUCUGUUUUCAUGCCUUGUUGCAUUUUGAAGUGAUAUCUCUUGUUUCCUUCCACCUUGAAGUUGGGCAAGGCUAAUAUUUAUAAGUGAUUGUUUGAGAUUUGUUUCGAGUCUUAAUUCGACCUGUUAAAUAUUAACGUGAUCUGUCUGACCGUCUGCUUCCUGAGAAACUGUCAAACGUUGUCAAUAAAAGGAAUUUUUGAAGAAAGAUACACGUGCAGCAUCGUUCUUCAAAAAAUUCCUUUUAUUUUUGCUGUGGUUAUAAUUUUGUCUUACACCAGAUCCAAAUAUGUAGAUGCUAUUCAUCUGACAAAAAUGUUUCCCUCAUAUUGCUAGGGAUACAACUAUAACAGACAGCUCAAGAUUAAUUCCUCGGUAGUCAAGUGGUUUUAUGCCCAGGGCCGUAGCAACCGGGGGGGCUGCAGCCCCCCCCCCCCAAUAAUUUGCUUAUAAUCAUUUGUUUUUCUAAAUCAUGCAGACUUUAGAUAUUACCCAUACUUUCUUGCAACUCAUCCAAUAUAUAGUUAAUUAGAUAUGCCUUCGCCCAUUUAGUACUACUAAAUUGUAAAUUUCGACAUACUAAAAUGCUGUUUUGUGACCAUCAGAAUUCUAUCAAAUCUUCCCCAAAGUCCAGAGACUCUAAAUUUAAAAAUUUCCUUGGGCCUUCGGCCCUCGCUUUCAGUCCCCCCAAUCGAAAAGAGCUUCCUACGGCCAUGAUGCCUCACCCCCAUUUCCAAAACUAGUAGGGGUGCACCCCCCAGUAAACCAUCCCUGCAUGUGCUAACAUCUCACCCCCCCCCCCCUUUGCCAAUAUUAGCACAAUAAUUGUGACACGUUUUCUCUAGGAAGUGGCAGUUGUACGCAUCUUUUGACAAAAGGAAGAUGGAGGGAGGGACUUGGAGAAGAGAUAUGGCAGCCUUUUGGUUGCAUGAUGCAUCAAUAUCACAUGAAGUAAUUUGAAAAUGAUAUAAUUACAUGUUCUAUAAUAUCACUUGGAUUUCAAUUCUUUCUGACAAUAGACAUUUAACUCAUUGAGUGCCAGGGAACUGUCCUCAACAAGUUAAAUAUUGGACUAGAGACUGUGCAACUUGAUGGCCGGGUUAACUACAUGCAGGCAUGGGUAGAGUCUAAUUAUCUCAUUGAACGUCAGUACUCUUCCCUUCAUGAGUAACAUUGUCUGGCAUUAUAAUCUAUUAGACAGAGUAGAAAUAAAGUAUUGUAAUGUUUAUUAGGGUGUGCGUAAUAUAGAACUUUAUGGGUUAACUAGACACAUGGGUAGAUAGUUUGAUUUACUUGUAUUGAGUGGCAGCACUUUCCCUUUGACAAUAAAAUGAUCUGGGUUACACAAAGUUAAAUAAUAAAGUAGGGAGUACAUUGGAGUGAUAUGAAAUUCAACGGUUAAUACUAGAUCACAUGGGUGGAUAAUCUGAUUAACAAUAACCUUACAGUAAUGACCAAUCUCAUUGUUGUUUUAAUUUAGGGAGAUUCGAACGUGUCUGCAAAACCGACCGCUGGCUUUUGUGGGUGAUUCACGAUUAAGAGAUGUUUAUAAUUUGUUGCUUCAUGAACUAGCUGGAACAGAUGAAGAAGCGAACAAAAAAGCUGUAUGAAUAAAUGUGCACUUGUCUCUUAUUGUACAGUAAACCUUGCCUCUCUGUUAAAAUGAAUUGCAAUAACCAGAAUCCAGCUCGAUGAGCAUGGAGCCAGGCACCUUAGGUUCAGGAAUUUGGGUCUCCUAUAAUUUGUAAACUCUGAGUUAGUAUACAAAGUCAUGUAAAAGUAGAAUCAUUAGGCAAGAUAUACGGAUUUGACUUGAAAAAAAAACAGGUUGGUAGGUUGGAAAAAAAUUUUAAAAAAAAACGUUGUUUUUCAAAAUUGUCACAACGAUAUCAUGACCCAGUAGUACAUAGAGUCAAAGUUUACUUGACGUGUACUUCAUGUCAGAACCCCAAAUUAACUAAAAUUGUAAAAUUGUUGACAUCCAAUUUUUUUUUUCACUUUCUGAAUAUUUACGGUCGGUGAAUCCGUAAACCAAUAAAUAAAAAAAGUCUCACCAUAUGAUAACAAUUUUCCCUUGUUUUUACAGCACCGCAAUUUGUCAUAUACUGGGGAAAACAAUGUAUCAAUAGUAAGCCGAAAGUUUAUAUUUAUAUAAAAACUGUAAAAUGAGUUGUUUUAAAUUAAGGUUGGAUAUAUUUUCACAUGUGUUUUACAUUGAGCGCCGGCGCACUUACUGUACUGUCCUUAAUUAAUGAGUAAAAUAAUAAAGAAGGCUGUAUCAUGAUGGCACAUUGCAACUUAAAGGAUGAAAAGGUCACCAAUCAUGAUUGUAAUAUGAUCCAUAAGUGACGAGUUUUUUGACUUGUAGAACUUCUUUUGGAUACCAGAAGUGAACGCAUCAAUGGAAUACUUGUUUAAGCAUUGGCUCAAGGUAUCAUUUUUACUCUUGACUCACUUUGUAACAUCGUACUAUUUUACUCUAAUUUCUUUUUCACUUUUUUAUAGCAUUCAGUGGGUCGACCAAGUUUCAUUGUGGCUGGGGCGUCAUUGGUAAUUUUGCUAUUAAGUCAUUCACACUAUAUUACCCAAUAUGAAUUAUUACAUUUUGAUAUUAAAGUUUAUUCCAUUAACAAUUAAGUUUCCUCCAUAAAUUGUUCUUUUUUCUAGUGGACAAUCAAGAAUAGAGAUAAUGCUUUGCAAGAAUACAAAGGUUUGCCACAAAACAUCGUACUAACAACCAGCAUUAAUCCAUUCAUUAAUUUAAUGGCCAACAUGUUCAUGAGAUAUGAGCAAGCUGUCUGCAUGGUUAACAUUUGUUUGACAUUUAAGUCAGAGAGUAAUAUAUCACAUAGAAAACUUCUGAUUGAUGGGAGGGCUACUAAGGGGCGGACCAUUAGAAAAGUGAUGGGGAGAGGGGGAGCAAAAAUAAAAAUUGCGCAGGGGAAACGGAAAGAAAAAAAAUUGUGCACCAAAACAGUUUGAAAAAAAAUUUGUGCCCCAAAAAAGUUUGAAAAAAAAUUUAUGCAGAGACUUUUCAAAAGGGAAAAUUAUAAGGUGAAAUAAAAAAAAAUUGUGCAAGGAUUAGGGAUUAUAUUUUAAAAAAUUAUCGGCACAAGCAAAAAAUUUAAAAAAAAUAUUUGUACAAGUUAAAAAAGCCCCCCCCCCCAUCAAUUUUCUAAUGGUCUGCCCCUAACUUCCUGACAAAUGACUUUUGCUUGAAAAGUUGAAGUAAUUCAAUCUCCUUGUAUUUUUCAGGUAGUUGUAUCCCUAUCAAUCCAAAAGUUUUGUUACUAUCAGUACUAUACCUACAAUGGCACAGAUCUUUCAAUAAUACUGCAUGUAUAUCAAUGGGUUAAAGUUGUGUUUCAUUGUAAUUCUGUGUUGUAGCGAACUUCACACGAGUCAAAGAUGUGAUGAACGCACUUGGCACUGUGAAUGAUGGAGAGUUUGAAAAAAUGUUGAAAGCUUCGAAAGCAUUGAAGAUUAAAGUGAACAGAGAUGAAUUUCCAAAAUCUCCUGUUGUUGCCUGGAAAUUGCAAGGUAAAUGAACAAUGGCAACAGCAACCAGAACAAUGGCAACAGCAACCAAGUUUGCUUAUGCAUCAUCAAUUUUGCAGCGUAAAGUGUGAAGGUAUAACUCUGUAAGUUUUUUUAUGUAGAACCUGUUGAUGAAUCUCUUCUCAGUGCAGUGCGAAAAACCAUUACAGUUGAAAAAAUUAAUAUCUAUAACAGCUUGGCUGAAAUAGCUUUGUAAGUACAAACAGUUUAUGCUGGGUAGCUUUUAUCAGAUUUAAACUGGUCUCUUUUUAAAUGGUCCAGUAAAGAUCAUAUCUUGUUACGGACAUAAACCCCCCCCCCCUAGCCCCAGAGUCCCCCCUCCACUCUUGUGAUGAAAGUUGGCUGUUUACUGUUUUGUAGAUAUAACACAUCAAUAAAAAUCUUCAAGCCAGGAAUGUUAGUUAAGAACACAGAGCAGUCAUCCACCACAGAUGGUUUACAUUAUGUAAACGGGGUUGUGCAAUGGGUUAGUAUUAUUUUAUUAUGAUAUUUAGCAAUUAAAUGGAAAAUCAAUGUCCAAUGGCUUUGAUGUCCACUGAGCUAAGUUAGGAAGCUACAGCUAGGAAGCACACGGAACAUAUUUAUGGAACAAUUAGACUAGCAAUAUGGCUUGAUUUUUUCCCAAAUAUGUGCAAUAUUUUAUUUCUUGUGUAGGAACUAUACAUUUUACUGAAUCGUUUCUGUAAUGCGUAUAUCAGACCGGCUGACGCGUCAUGCUGUGUACCAAGAGAGCAUACCACUCAACUUCAGUAUAAUUCUUUUGCCGUUUUUGUUGCUUGGUAAGUACUAAUCCCAUAAAUUUUUGUAUCAAUUUGAAAACGUUUGAUAAACAAACAACUGACAGACAAACAGAUGAAGACAUAUUCUCCUGCAUGGCGGAUGUAAUAAUACACUCUUUCGAAAAUUACGUCACAACUACACUGUUUUCAACUUAGGACCACCUUAAAUGGAAAGGAUUUCAAGUUUUUUUUCUCACGGGCUAUGCACAGAGAAACAGAACAUCCUUCUUCAACAUAUGCAUGAAAAAGAAUUAUUUAUUUUGACCAACAAAUGUGGAAAUAAGCUUUAACACGAAAACGAGGUCAUGACCUGGAGCCUCGUUCUCGUGUUAAUGCUUAUUUCCAUAUUUAUUGAUCAAAAUCCAAAAUUGUUUUUCGCGCAUGUGUUGAAGAAGGAUGUUCUGCUUCUCUGUGCAUAGCCCAUGAUAAAAAACUUGAAAUCCUUUCCAUUUAAGGCGGUCCGAAGUUGAAAACAGUGUAGUUGUGACGUAAUUAUCGAAAGGGUGUAUUAUCAAUGCAUCCUGUUACGGUCCUUUAUUAACUUUUUCUACGAUAUUUCACAGUUGACUCAGCUUGUUUUGUCUUUCCAGUACUUUGUUGUUUCUGGUGAUGUCUUUAUGUCGACGGUGUCGUUCACCACAGGUGCAACAAGAUGUUGAAAGUAAUGGCGCUCAACAUAAAUCAUCUUGUCAAUGGUUGUGGUCAGAAAGAACGUACUGCGUUCUUAAAGCUAUGGCAAAGUUGACUUUGAUCAUGGCGUAUUUUUAUGUUUGUGAUAGGUAGGUUAGCCAUGGCGGUGUUGGGUAGACUAAAGUCUGGUUUUACAGUACACUAUCAAAGUUUCUGUGAUCACAGUAGGAAAUUUGCAUGGGUAAAGUUUUGAAAUAUUUGUAUAAGAAAUGUUUGAAGAAACUGAAACAGUUAACAUUAUGUCAGUUCCCUUAAAUCCUUCAAAACUUAGAAUUUACAGAUGCAAAAUUCCUACUGUGAUCACAGAAUCAGAAGUAUCGUAUACUGUAGAUUGUUUGCUCACAUUAUUGUUUCUUCCAACAGAACAAAUAUAUUUAUGAAAGAACAAAAACAAUAUAGUAAUCUAGUGGUGGUGAUUACGUUGGUUGUUUUUCUAAUUCUUGGUGCUUAUACCUGGACACCAGUGCCGGCGUCAAAGGUACUGCAGCUAUAGUGUUAUACUGCACACUAUUUCUACUUUUGGAUAUCUCUUGUACAGCUAUAAUAGUCGUAUAGAUGUUAAAAAGCGCACAUGUUGUUUUCUGUAGAUUUCGUUUCUAAAUCGGGAUCAAUCAGACGAGUGGAAAGGCUGGGCACAGUUAAUGAUUCUUUUGUAUCAUUAUAUCGGAGCCAGUAAGGUACAGUACAUUAUUAUCUUUUCACAUUUUGAGUUAUUUCAAUUUUAUCAAAAUUACAGUUUUUCAUUACGUGAGUUCACAUUGUUUCACAUUUUGACUUAUUUCAAUACACAAUUAUCUCAUUAGACAUUACGGGAGAUGUCUCCCCAAACUGUUCGUAUACUGAGGUUUGCAAAACAAAAAGAUUUUUGAUUUUCGACUUUGUUUUUAAAUUCAAGGUUUUGCCAUUCUACGUAUUUAUCCGUCUCCUUGUCGCCUCCUAUCUCUUCAUGUCUGCUUACGGGCAUUUCACGUACUUUUGGAAGAAAGGCGAUUUUAGUCUGUACAGAAUGUGUCAGGUGAGCAAACCUUCGUUUAUUCUCUGUACUUGUUUCAUACAAAUACUCUUUUCUGUCAAACAGAAUUUGAUAUGAGCUUGUUCUCAGCUUGUUGACAAGUUGCAAAAGGUUGUUGAGCUCAACAGACUUGUUACAAGUUGUUGGAACAACUUGUUAUCGUCCUGCAAUUCAACAAUUUGUCAACAAGUUGUGAGUAACAAUCUUGUAGCAACUUGAUAAACGAACUGCGAACACAUCUUGUUGACAAGUUGUGAGAAUUUUACGUGGAUCCUCACGUUUGAGCUUAUGAAAUGACGUCAUCUUAUCUUUCGUUUGUAGGUUGUAGUGCGCAUGAAUAUUUUCGUUGUCAUCUUGUGUCUUGUCAUGGGUCGUCCAUAUCAAUUUUACUACUUCGUUCCUCUUGUGACUUUCUGGUUUCUUGUUUUAUACGUUGUUCUUCUUCUCUAUCCCAAAGUUACUGCAGAAUUGGUCAAAGGUAUAGUAGCUUAUUUAUACAAUAUUUUGAUACUACAUGUACUGUACACAGAACGAAAUGGUAUGAAUAAAGUCAGUUUAGUCAGAGGUAUUUCUCAUUGGUCCUGUGUUACUGCUAGAGAAAAUACUGUUGCUGGACCUCUAGUUUUGAACAUACUAGAGCUAUCCAGUAUAAAUAAAGUCAGUUUAGUCAGAGUUAUUUCUCAUUGGUCCUGUGUUACUGCUAGAGAAAAUACUGGUGCUGGACCUCUAGUUUCGAACAUACUAGAGCUAUCCAGUAUAAAUAAAGUCAGUUUAGUCAGAGUUAUUUCUCAUUGGUCCUGUGUUACUGCUAGAGAAAAUACUGUUGCUGGACCUCUAGUUUCGAACAUACUAGAGCUAUCCAGUAUAAAUAAAGUCAGUUUAGUCAGAGUUAUUUCUCAUUGGUCCUGUGUUACUGCUGGAGAAAAUACUGUUGCUGGACCUCUAGUUUUGAACAUACUAGAGCUAUCCAGUAUAAAUAAAGUCAGUUUAGUCAGAGUUAUUUCUCAUUGGUCCUGUGUUACUGCUAGAGAAAAUACUAGAGAAAAUACUGGACCUCUAGUUUUGAACGAUGCUAGAGCUAUCCAGUAUAAAUAAGGUUCGUUUAGUUGUUCAGUUCUGAGUCUGUGUCUUCAUCUUCUCUAGAAGAUCCAAAGUACUUGACGUGGAUUUCUGCCAAGCUACUUUUCAUGUUUGUCACAACAUACUUAAUUUGGAAUUCGUCUCUUGUCUGUCGAUGGAUAUUCUCCCAGUGGGCGAUCAAAGAACUGUUUGUAGAUCAGAAAGAUAACGUGAGGGAGUGGAUAUUUAGAUCAAAUUUAGAUCGUUAUGUAAGUAAAAUACAAGCAUUUCAUCUUACGUUUCUGUACAUACUGACUUUGUACACACGUAAAAAUCUCACAACUUUUCAACAAGAUGUGUUCGCAACAGGUUUGUAGCAAGCUUGUCAACAAGUUGCAACAAUGCUGUUGUUUUAUCAAGUUGCCAAAAGGUUGUCUCUCACAACUUGUUGGCAAAUUGUUGAAUUGCAGGACGAUAACAAAUUGUUGGAACAACUUGUAACAAGUCUGUUGAACUCAACGAUCUGUGAACGUGAACACAUCCUGUUGACAAGUUGUUGGAACAGCAUUGCUUGUUACACACUGAACCAACACGAAUGUUUUCUGCAUCCUUUCAGAUUGUUACGUAUGGGAUGUUGUUUGCUCUGGUAUAUCAAUUGUUUCGUAGUUAUGGCGUAAUUGAAGAUAAUAAUAUGAAGAGAUUGUUUCCACGAGCUGUGUCCUAUCUUGUCAAUUUUAUUUGUUUCAUGACAAUCAUGGUAGGUCGUCACAAUCCAAUUCAUUGCCUGAAGAAGAAAUGAGAGUAAAUUAGAAAAAAAUAUCUUAGGAUUGUUUGUUCUGAAUUUCAGGGUUAUUCCAUACAAGCUUAUGGUUGCCGUGGCAAGGUUCAAUGCAAUGCAGUUCAUUCUGUAGUAUCAUUUUUACCAGUAAGUCCUAGGACUGCAUGAUUCAUGUGCAUAGAUCUUAACGAAAGUGCUUUAAUUUUUCGCUGUAGAUAGGUUUCACUAAAUCCUGGUUUUAACGGUCGUAAAGAUAGAAUCACGAUCUUUUUCAACGGCCAGAUUAUAAUAGUUUUUACCAGUAAACCACAUAUAAAUCAUAAGUAUUCUCUAUGUAUAAUCACUCUGCCUAUUAUCAGUUCUAAACUGUUCUAUUUCGGCUGAUGAGAAAGAUCGUGACUCAAUCUUUAUGGCCGUUACGACCAUAUGGAAACUUAAGUGUGACGUGAAACGAACGUCGUAUAUAUUUACAGACUUACCUUCGUUACCAAAGUACACUGGCAACCAACAUUUGAUAUCCUGUAUUAAUUAACAGAUGUUGAUAAUUUCCUUAUUCUCUGUAGAUCACUGCAUUUCUUCUGUUACGUAAUGUCAGCGGUUUUAUGCGUUCACAUUUCAGUAUGUUUUAUGCUUGGGUUGGAAAAAUAUCUUUGGAGGUACGCUAAUGGUUAAUGCUAAUAGGUCAUGCCUUAUUACUACAUGUUACAAGUUCUGCAAUUCAGCAGUUUGUCAAUAAGGCUAUGUGCACACGGGCGUCGUUUUCGAGCGUUUUCAAAAACGUUUUUGUCCCUUUAAUCGCUUUGAUGCCCUGUUCACGUGGUUCAAAGGAAAAUAUCUCCAAUAUAUUAAAUAAACUACAACUUCAGUCGUAAAUUAAUAGUUUUCGCAUCCGUUUUAGCGUGAAAACGCAAAUGAAAACGCUCGAAAACGUUACCGUGUGCACGUAGUCUAAGUUGCGAGUGACAAAUUUGUAGCAACUUUUAACAGCAUUGUUACAACUUGUUCACAAGCUUGCUACAAGCCUGUUGCGAAUACAUCUUGUUGACAAGUUGUAAGAUUUUUACGCGUGUAAUAUAGAUGCCCGCGUGGCCUAUACGAGAACCUGGCCUCACUGUCCUUUGUUCUUAUCUAGCUGUUCGUGGGUCAAUACCAUAUCUGGCUAGCGAAUGACACCAAGGGAAUUCUAGUUCUUAUCCCAAACCAACCGCUAUUGAACGUGAUCAUCACGACAUUCAUUUUUGUGUGUGCUUGUCAUGAAGUGAAUAAAGCCACCGGUGUUUUGUCUGACGCGCUGGUUGCUAAAGAUGUCCGGAUCAUGCUACGAAGACUUGUCAUAUUUAUAAUUAUGUUAUUUAUUAUAUGGUGGCAUAAAACCCACCAUGAUAAAGGCAAGAUGCAUUGAUAUAACAUGUUUUCAUGUUAUAUAAAUAAUAGCCUGCGCCAGGUAUAAUAUAUGUGCAUGGAUUUCACUAAGUGAGAUAAUAUUGAACAAAAUUGUACUACUAGUUGUACUAGUGAGUUGUAAAUAUAUUUAUUAUAGUUACAUAUUUUAAUUAAAUCUAAUUCGCCCUACUGGUGAUCCAACUCCAUCCAAGAUUACGGAUCGACAACUUUACGUGGUGUAUUCCUA